AUGAGAUUUCUAAUUGUAUUACUCCUAAUUUCAAUUGGUGCAGCUUGGGCUGGUUACGGAGCACCAUUCGGUGGCGGAUUUGGCGGUGGACCUUAUGGUGGAUUUGGCGGCGGGCCUGGUUUUGGUGGCGGCGGUUUCCAACAAUCGGGAAGCAAUUGGGGAAGAUCCAGUUCGUUUAAACAAUCUGUAUCGCAAAGUUCCAGCGGUUUCAAUAAUAAUUUCGGAUCUUCUGGACAAUUUGGUGGAUGGGGUCGGAAAUAA